AUGAGCAACUGCGCAUUCACCGACGCUAGCUGCGUUUGCGCAUCCGCCCAAUUCCAGGCCGACGCUGCUCUGUGCCUGACCACCCACUGCACAGCUGAGGACCUCCAGACCGCUCUUGCCUUACAGACUGCUCAGUGCACUGCUGCCGGCAUCACCCCCAGCGGCACCGCCACCCCAAGGACUGUGCCCUUCACCCUCGCCUCGACCAACACUGCGACCACCCCUGCCACAUCCACUGACACCGCCACCCCCGCUGCCACGUCGAACGCUGCGUCUGGCCUCACCGCUGGUGCUGGUACCGUGUUCGGCGCCGUCCUUGCAGGUGUCCUCGCCCUCUAA